GUAUCAUAAGCCAGAAAAACGUGCAUCCAGGAAGGAAACUACCGUCCUAGUAAAGAGCAACUCGCUAGCCACGUUGGUGUCCAACAGAGAAGCUGGAUAAGCUUAUGUACAAUACAAGAACACCUCUUUCAAUGCAACAGCCCAUUUGGUCUGAUCAGGACACCGCUUUUCAGGAAGUAACACCAGACAGUGGGAUUGAAACACCAGCAAUGAGCGUGGGGAAACAGAUAAUGAGGAACCAUGUAAGGAAUCUUUUCAACGUACUGAGUCUGAGUCCAAAGGAGAGAAGGAUCAUCAAGCUGAGAUUUGGGAUUGGUGGUGGGAAACAGAGAUCGUUGUCGGAGAUAGGAGAAAUUUAUGGACUGUCUAAGGAGAGGGUAAGGCAGCUAGAGAGCAGGGCAUUGUACAAGCUUAAGCAGAACAUGAACAGCCAUGGACUCAGUGCUUAUGCUGAUUUUCUUGUCUAG